CAUUUGUAAGGUGCGCGGUGCACAGACCAAAUUCUACCCGACCCGGAAGGAGCAGGAGCUGGAGUCCAAAACUUUACCGUGUGUAUCCAGUAUAGCCAUGAGGCUGAUGCCGUUCUUGCUUCCCCAAGUUUGUGGGCAAGGCGUUAUGUUCUGCCGUACCUGAAGCUGAAUCUGAAUCUUGGUCAUUACUAUUUUCCACUUUUCUUCUUCUCUCUUGCACGCGUGGUAAUAAGACCGUUACUUCCUCACUCUGAACUGAACGUCCAUCCUCGUGUCUUGGCAGAUAUUCGACUUUCCACCUUGUCCACUACUUUCUUUCAACCCCACUACACGCCAUCUUUAUCGACCCAAACUCCCCGCCUUCGUCAUAGUCGUCGGGUUCUCUUCCCAUCAUCGUUCGCCUGCACAUUAUACAGCCGCCAAGAUGUUGAAGAUUUGGUCCAUGAAAAAGGAGCAGCAGAAGGCUGAUAACGCCGAUGCGAUCAGCGGCAAGAAGAAGAAGGUCAAGGCCGCAGAGCUGCGAGUCCAGAAAGAUAUUGCCGAGUUGUCUUUACCCAACACCAUGAAGCUCGAAUACAAGGAUGCCGAUGACAUUCUCAACUUCAAGCUCAUCAUCAAGCCUGAUGAAGGCAUGUACGUAGGCGGCGAGUUCCCGUUCGAGAUCUCUGUGCCCCAGUCGUAUCCUCACGAAGCGCCCAAAGUCCGCUGCGUGCCCACGAUUUACCACCCCAACAUCGACCUCGAGGGAAAGGUCUGCCUAAACAUCCUGCGUGAGGAAUGGAAGCCGGUUCUCAACCUCAACACCAUCUUCAUCGGUCUUCAGUUCCUCUUCGACCACCCCAAUGAGCACGACCCCCUCAACAAGGAAGCUGCCGAUGAGAUGCGCAAGGACAAGGCCAAGUUCGAGAGGGAUGUCAAGACGUCGAUGAGGGGAGGCAGGCUUAGGAAUGGAAACUCGAGCGAUGCCACCGAAUACACUCGGGUGCUUGCUGUGGCAUAGGACGACACAGAGCACGAGUCUUAUAUCGCCCGGAUCAAGAAGCACGUUACCAAGAGUGGAAAGUCCAUGGUUUGGGACGGCACAGGACUGCAAACCUCGGCCAACCUGCCACGCGAUGCCGCUACCGGUACUCCCUCUGACCUAAACCCGACAGCGGCGAUAUUCGUUCCUUCGCCGG